AUUUGGAACAUUUUGCACAAAAUCUUGCGCUUUUGGCGUACGCUCUUCUUGCUGUGAAUUCCCUUUGUGAAAUAUUUCUAUCUACGACUGAUUGUGAGCUAUGAAUCCGACCGAGGAUCCGGGCAUCUCAAAUACGACUUGGGGCCCAGAGUUGAUUGAAGUGGCUGAUUUUUCUUCUGGUGCCAAUGAGUCAUGGAACUGGAUAGUGGCUCUUAUAAUCGUUAUCGUAUUUGCUGCAACUAUUGUGUCCAUCUUUGUAGUUCGCCUCCUCUAUCAAAAAGUCGUGAACAGAAGAGCUCGUGAAGAAGCCGCAAAAAGAACUGCGGAAGGUUAUUAG